GAAUAACUUACGUUCAGUUGCAGUUGUGCAACUAGAGGAUAAGAAAACUUGGCAGAAAAAGUCCUAUCCCAGCAGUAGCAGCAUGAGAUGAAGAAAAAAACACUGAUACAGAUAAGCAGAAAGGAAAUUGGCAUUUUCUCGAAGUGAGCAGCUGCUGUGAGCUAUUGUGUUUGAUUGAAGUGGAAGUAGUAAUACAGUGAUUAAUCAAGCGUAGAGCUCAAGCGAGCUUUGAAGUUUUAGUUCGCUGCGCUUCGUGUCACUGUGCAUGAUAGUAGACAGACAGACAGCCACCCAGUUUCCCAGGCAGGCCUUGUGCACAGGAGUAGUGAAUAGGCUUUUAAUUAGAUUUGAAUGAGGUGGAAGGUGGUAGGAGAAGAAAACGCGAAGCGAAAAGAAAAUUACCCCUCGUUUACGGUCGGCGUUACAUUUGCCAAUUAGGUGUGCUCCACUGUGAGGUGCUCCUUCCUAGUGUUGGCGGAGUUUCGAGUGCAAAAACGCAGUGCUCAGCAUGUUUGGGUUGUAGUUUGCCAGAAACAGAACAGCGGAAAGAUACUACCACCCCGUGUCGAAAAACACAGACAGACAGAAGCAGCGGCAAAAUCUAGCCUAGCUUCGCGUGAGUAACGACGACGUACCGUUUGUCGAAUUGAGUGGCAUACAGUGUUUAGUGUUUCGAUAACAAGAUUACAUAAAACAUUCAUUGCGCCAAGGAAAGAACGGACAGAGUAAGGGGCUCCGAUGGACGGGGACGGUUGGCUGACUGACUGACUGACUGAAUGGAAAAAUGUCGUAGCACAGCAGGGCUUAGGAAAGUGUCCCGUUCCAGCACGAGCAACAGCAGCAGCAGUAGCACGCAUCAGGAAACUUGCCGUAAAAAGAUUGUACGGAGCUUCCCCCCACAGUGUCCUGGUUGGUGAGUGAUUACUUGGCUUCCACCUAGAUAGACUUCGACCGGUCUCGAACGGGGAAGAAGACCAUGCCAUUUGAGCGACCGUCAGCCGGGAAGCAGUUGAUUCUCGGUUGUUUGUCAUUCAUUGUGGAAAAAGUCCCAGUCUAGAACGAGCGAACGAACGAGCUACGCGUAUUUUUUUAUGGCAAAGUGAUUAGAAGGAAGGAAUAAAUUGCAUAACGAUUACACUGCUACUGGGGGAAAACUGUUUGCCAAGCCCAGCAGCGCCGUAGGCGAUGUAUACAACAGUGACAGCAGCAGCAGCAGCAGUAACAGGCUUGAAACUUUCUUUUUAAACCCGUCAGUAACGACGACUGCGCCGCCAUGUUGAUAAAGGAAUACCGAAUACCGCUCCCACUGACGGUGGAGGAAUAUCGGAUAGCACAGCUGUAUAUGAUAGCGAAAAAAUCCCGCGAAGAGAGCAAAGGUGCCGGCAGUGGGGUGGAGAUCAUCGUCAACGAACCGUACCAGGAUGGGCCGGGUGGCAAUGGGCAGUACACGCGCAAGAUCUACCACGUCGGCAGUCACCUGCCCGGUUGGAUCAAGGGACUGCUGCCGAAGAGUGCGCUCACAGUGGAGGAGGAAGCCUGGAAUGCCUACCCGUACACCAAAACGCGCUACACCUGUCCGUUCGUGGAGAAGUUCUCGCUGGAGAUUGAAACGUACUACUUUGCCGACAACGGACACCAGGAGAAUGUGUUCCAACUGAACGGUGGCGAUCUUCGGAAUCGAAUAGUGGAUAUCAUUGAUAUUGUGAAGGAUCAACUCACGGGGGCGGAUUAUAUUCAAGAGGAGGACCCGACACUGUACGUCUCGGCAAAGACCGCCCGGGGACCGCUAGGGGAGAGUUGGCUUGCGGACUACUGGGAAGAAGUGCGUGGAAAGACGCAGCCCACGUCUCAGAACAUGUCGUUGAUGUGUGCUUACAAACUGUGUCGGGUUGAGUUCCGCUACUGGGGGAUGCAAACCAAGCUGGAGAAAUUUAUUCACGAUGUGGCACUGCGAAAAACAAUGGUCCGUGCCCAUCGACAGGCUUGGGCUUGGCAGGAUGAGUGGUACGGUUUAACCAUGGAUGAUAUCCGGGAAAUCGAACGCCAGACGCAGCUGGCACUGCAGAAGAAAAUGGGCAAUGAGGAUGAUGAAGAUGAGGAAGAUCGUAGCGUAUCGGACAACAACAGCCGUCAGUCGAAUCAGUUCAAUUCGAUCGAGAAAACCGACGAAAACUCCACACCUCAGGUCAUGAAGAAACCUACGAUAGCCCCUCCGUCACCACCGUUACAGCAGCAGCAACAGCAGCAGCACCGACAGCAGACAAUCCUGCAGCCACCACCUAAGGGUAAGCGAAGCUCACGGCAGCCCAUUUCCGACGAGGAUGAAGAGGAAGAGGAAGCGGAAGAAGAGGCUGAACGAGAGGACGAUGAAGCAUCGAAUCGGCGAGGGCGUUCUCUGCAGCAGCAGCAGCAGCAGCAACAGCAAGCGACUAGCAAUCAUUUGUCGAGUGGCAUCAAACUGCAGCACUUUGCCGGCUCAAAGGGACAGCUGCAUUCGCCGCUCGGGUCGACGCAUAGCUUUGAUUUGCAGACCGCCAAUAAUCACAAAGCCUUUCCGAAGAGUGUUGCCAACUGGCGCAUGGAAAAACUGGAAGUGGACUCCAAAUCCGGCUCCGAGGAAGAAUUUUUCGACUGCUUAGGUGAUCUCGGAGAGCAAGCGUCGCUUGCCAAGUGGAGCUCGCUGGAACUGUUGCCCGAGGAGGACGACAGCCCACCGGUGGGUAGCGGUCGUAAUGACGAUGAUUCGAUCUUCAGUCACAGCUACCUGCAGCGUGUGGCAUCGGAACGCGGCAGCCGCCGCCCGACACUGGGAGCAACGUCCAGUAUAGAUCGUAGCGACUCCCCACCUGGUUCUCCGGGACUUCCAUCCUGUCCGACGACCGUGCUGCUACUGGUCAUGCACGCCGGUAGCGUGCUGGACGCUAACUCCGACAUGACGGCAAAGAAAUCGGACGUCACCACCUUUCGGGGGGCGUUCGAGUCGGUCAUGCGACAGCACUAUCCGUCGCUGGUGGGUCACGUGGCGAUCCGGCUGGUUCCGUGUCCGUCCGUGUGCUGCGAUGCGCUUGGUAUUCUGACCAGCUUGAGCCCGUACUCGUUCGAUGCGUCACCGGCGUCCACCGCCGACAUUCCCAACCUGACCGAUAUUCCGAUCGGAGCGAUCCCCAUGCUGACAACGUGCUCGCCUGAAUUUCAGGACGCGGUCAAUCGAUCGAUCGGUACUGCUAACGUGGUUUACGGGGAGUUCCUGAAGAGUGACGAAGGAAAGGGAUUCAGCGGACAAGUGGCGCUGAUUGGAGAUUCGAUGGGAAGUGUACUGGCUCAUGAUGCACUCUGUAGAGUGAAUGUGAGACACGGAAGCGAAGCUUCCGGUUUGGAUCAUGUUGUGGAUUUUCCGGAGGUGAAUGAUUUGGAUGCCAGCAAACUGUUGACACCGCCUUCGCCACGGCGAAGAUCGUCUUCGACGAGUGACAUUCGAUCGCCGCGGUUCGACUUUGAAGUCGGAGACUUCUUCAUGUUUGGCAGUCCACUGGCGAUUAUUCUGGCCGCACGAAGACUAAGCGAUAGCCGGUAUGGUACGCACAAACCUACCUGUACUCAAAUUUACAAUCUGUUCCAUCCAACGGAUCCGACGGCUUCGCGGCUGGAACCCUUGCUGAGCGCUCGCUUCUCGAUACUGCUUCCGGUGAAUGUGCCACGCUAUGCCAAGUAUCCGCUGGGGAAUGGCCAACCAUAUCAUCUGCUCGAACUCAUCCAAUCAAGUCCACAGAUAUUCAGCGGUGGUCCACAGGGGAGACGCCUGUCGGAUACCUCGAUCCAGAGCGCCACUUCCGGAAUGAUCGAUAACGUACCGCUGUCGACCAUCACCCAACUGCAGCAGCGCUGGUGGGGCGCCAAACGGCUCGAUUACGCUCUCUACUGUCCGGAUGGGUUGAGUAAUUUCCCGGCGCACGCCCUUCCGCAUUUGUUCCACGCCAGCUACUGGGAAUCGAGCGACGUGAUCGCUUUUAUCCUCCGGCAGAUCGGACGCUUCGAUAGUCUAACCUUGGUUGGACCGGACGACAAGGACGUUUCGUCGUUCCGGCCUGCUCAACCGCGGGAAAAGUGGAACAAAAAGCGAACCUCGGUUAAGCUGAAAAACGUCACCGCAAACCACCGAGCCAACGACGUGAUUGUGAAGGAUGGUGAACCGCAGAAACUGGUUGCACGUUUUAUGUACGGUCCGCUGGACAUGAUCACGCUGGCCGGCGAAAAGGUGGACAUCCACGUGAUGAAGGAUCCCCCCGGGGGAGAGUGGAACUUCCUGGCGACCGAAACUACGGACAAAACCGGAAGAAUCUCCUAUAUUCUACCGGAGGAACGGACUCUUGGCUACGGGAUUUAUCCGGUGAAAAUGGUUGUGCGAGGUGAUCACACCUCGGUCGAUUUCUACAUGGCCGUCGUUCCACCGCGGACCGAAUGUGUUGUGUUCAGUAUAGAUGGGUCGUUUACGGCUUCGGUUUCGGUGACCGGUAAGGAUCCGAAGGUACGCGCCGGUGCCGUAGACGUUUGUCGCCACUGGCAGGAGUUGGGCUAUCUGCUGAUCUACAUCACCGGCCGGCCGGACAUGCAACAGCAGCGAGUGCUUAGCUGGCUCAGCCAGCAUAACUUCCCGCACGGUUUGGUAUCGUUUGCCGAUGGCUUGUCUACCGAUCCGCUCGGCCACAAGGCUGCCUAUCUGAACACGCUGAUCCAAAGCCACGGUGUGGUGGUCCACCUAGCCUACGGCAGCAGUAAGGAUAUCAGCGUCUACACCAGCAUCGGUCUGAAACCGAAGCAGAUUUUUAUCGUUGGCAAAGUAAGCAAAAAACUGCAAUCACUGGCAACACCCCUCACCGAGGGUUACGCGUCCCACCUAAGUUCCUUGAUCGCUCCGGGAGGAUCCCGACCGGCGCAGGGCAAUGCCCGCAUGGUUAUCCCACGCGGCUGUUUCAACUUACCGGGCCAGCAUCAGUCCAUUCGCCGGCGAAGGUUUGUUCCGAGUUAACUCUAGUGAUCGCUUGCCCGCCCGCCCUUAUGGUUCCGCCGUUUCUGAACCCUCCGGAACAGAUGAUGGCAACCACCACCACCACCACCAAACCACAAAUCAAAAGUUCGUGUGUGUCCUCGCUUUGUCGUUCAGUCACAGUCACCAUUGUGUGAAUGUUCUCGUUCAUAUUACGGUAGUAGGAAGAAAUGCACCUCAAUUCCAGUAGUUCCGUAGCACACAAACUCUGCCUUAGUAGUGCCGGCAGAAAACACGUUCCCGCAACACCUGUCUAGUGCGUGUGUGUGUGUAUCUGUGAUGUUUGUGUGUAAUGUUGCUCCCAUAAACAGUAGUAGCAAUCCCGAUCCGAUUCACCCCACAAAAAAAAACACAGAUAGAUUUGCACCACCCGCGUUUUGUUUGAUGUUGAAUGAAAACCAAACCAAACCAGCCGAAACCUACCCCGAAAAAUGGUAGAUUUUCGUAGAAUCGAUGAUGCCGCAAUAGAACACACACACACACACACACACUGUUUUCACAAUUUCCUUACCACAUUUACAUCACCACCAGCAACGAAGCGGGACUGGCCUCACCGGCGCGCAGUGGAUUCUUGAAACGAAAAACAUAUCUACACUAGGAAGGAAGGAACAGGAGAACAGGAAACACAUUGUGGCAAUAACGACGAACUCUAUGGAAUAUUACACUACAAUCUCAUAACAAAGCAAAAAAAAAAAACAGCUUAUCCGCUACUGCUGCUGCUGGCCUCGUGCGAAUGCGGCAUCAACAUCCUUGUAGUUGUUCUUGGAGGAUGUACAAAUCACGCGUACUCAUCCGAAAAACCAGUGGGAAAGGAAGCGAUUGGAUUCUGUCACUUGGUACCUGGCUCAAAGAAGACUGUCUGUUACGAAUAACGUAAGAACCUGAGAAGAUGAAUUCAGAAGAAGAAAAAGUAAUCGUUCAAUGCAAACUAUUAACAAAGUGAGAAAAAAAAGAAGUAAAUCCAAAGCAAGUAUAAGAAGAACGAAGAAACAAAUCUCGUUGUAAUAACUGCAAGCAUUAGUGCAAAACCUUGUUGACUCGUUACUUUGUGUGUACGUGUACGUGUCUGUUUGUGUGUAAACUGUGUACUAUCUGUACCUAGAAUAUUAUUGUAAGCACUAGAAGAAGCCAACAAAUGAAGAAAAAACCGGAAGAGAGUUCAAAACGGGAGCAGAAAUUACGAGGUAAAUUUUGGCUAACAACUAACUGAACCCCCUCCUCCUUCCCUGAUGAUCCCAUUCCCAUAUGUCCGCCGCAUGCCAGUUGAUAACCACCUGAACCACCAUACUACACUACACAAUUCAAUUGGAUGUUGCUACCUAUUACCUAGUGAUCAUUUGUAGAAAAGGCAAAAAAUUGUAACAAAAAAAACAUCCACUAUUUACGCAAACAGUAAGUGUUAGUGUUCGAUGGCAGAAACAUGAACAAGUAAGAAAAAAAAAACAAAAUCAUAAAUACACAGUGUUAGUAGCCAAAGCUAGUAGGAAGAUUAGAGGAGUAAAGAUCAAGUGCAAGAAAUUCUAAAUAUUUGUUAUUGUUUAGUAUGUAAAGAAAAACUAGUGGUGGGUUAAACCUACCGACAGUUAUUAACUGAAUCUGAAUAGUAGAAAAAUGCAGUAUCAAUCUAGUUUAUUUAAAAUGAUUUUUUUUUUAAUUUUCUUGUAUAGAACCGGUGUUUGAUCAAUUUUUAGUUAAAACUUUGGGUGAUAUUUAUUCCGAUACUCACGAGAUUAUCAAAGAAACAAAUCGAAUUUAUUCUCACGGUGAUUAGUUGCAUAGUUGUUGUUGGGUUAACUAGAAAAAAAUCACUCCACAUUAUACUUUGUGCGGGUGACGGGACGUUUUGGAAUCUCACUCACUGAAAGCAAAUAUUCCCGAAAGCUUGAUCAUGACACUGGAACACACUAUGUUUAUUAUAGUUAAGUCAAACAAAACAGCAUCAAUAGCACCUAAGAAGAACACACUAUCACGCAGCUAACUUAUUAUGCAUCAUGCAGAAUGGACAAUCCUCCUUGCGGCGUAGGCUCGAAUUCGUGUGUCGAACGAAAAACGAAACAGCGUUGUUACGGAAUUUCAGAGUGUUUAACAAAUGAAUGUAACAAAAAAUCGACGAACAAGUCGCAAGAAACCAAACCAUUAAAGAGCAAAAUUCGAUGUUUAAAUAACUAUUUUAGAGCGUAUGCUGCUGAAUAACAAAACAAAAACGAUAAAGCUACUUUUCUUGUUGCAAGAAAAGAAAAAAACAAAAUCAAAUGUUGGUAAAACUGAAAAAGCAACCGUGGCAAACCCAAAAAUAUAUCUCGUGUGAUGUUGUUUCUCCUCAAAGGUAGCGCAAAUAAAAGUGAUCUCUUUUUUUAAAAGCAAAACAAAAAAAACCAAAACACAGUGAUCUAAUUUGGCUAAAUUUAGGAAGCUAAAAAGCAAAACAAAACAAAAAAAGUCUGCGAACUUACUACUGCUAUCAGCAAGGAGAAUCUCAAUUGGAACAAAUUAAAAAAAAAAAAAGAAACAAAAUGCAAGCCACCACAUCAACCGAUUGGCGGUGCAAACUGAAUGGCUGUUCUAAAGUUUUAUUUUUGGAUGCAAGUUCUGAGCAAAACAAAAGAAGAAGAAAAAAACAAAACAAGAUGAGAUAAAAAUUAUGUAUUUCCUAUUUAAUUCUUCGACACAGAGAAGCAAAACCGAAUGUAUCAAAUAUAAUAAUUGUUGAGAAAUAAGCAAAAAAGAAAUAAAUUUAAAACAAAUG